AUGGACGCGGCACAAAUCACGCAGUUAGUCACGGCCGCAGUGGCAGCAGCCCUGCAGGAUCAAGCCGUAUUGACGGCAAUCCGUGGACCGGCACAACCAAGGCCACAGGCAGCCGCAUUCGCAGUCACUCCAGCAGGCACCGGCAACACGGCCUGGGACUUCACCUCCGGUACCGGUCUCAAGAUCUUCAUUGCGGCGACGUCCCCCUUUACCCCGCAAUACGACGGAAAGGAAGCCACAUUGAGAGACUUCCUUCGCAAAGUCCGAAAUCGUGCAGAAGCUUUCGGUUGGACUGGCAUUCUCAUGGUGAUCGACGCCGACGGCACACCCAGGAACAUUACGUUGGAAUACGGGUGCCUGACUCUAGCUCGGGUCAAGGAACACGCGAUCACGUACCUUAGGCAGGACAAUCGCGAACAUCAAGCGUCAGCGUGCCUACGACAACUGAUCAUUGGUUCGAUCACGUCUGGUCUAGCCGACAAGCUUGCCAGUCGCAAAGCCAAUUUCACCGUUAACACUGCAGCAGCAGCACAGGUAGGCCAGCCAGCUCCAGCUCCAGUGUUCAAAGAAGACGGAACGUGCAUGCUGUUCGACAUCAUCAGAGUCGUGUCUGUCGAGACCAAGGCCACCGUAGCGCUCAUCGUGAAGAAGCUGGCGAACCUCGAGGUCCUUAUGGAAGAGUGCAAGUCUGAUAUCGGAAUCUUCAAUGACAAAGUUGACGAUCUUGUCAACCAACUCAGGGCGCGCAACAUCCAGGUGCCGUCACUGAUCAACCCACUCUUCGAUGGAUAUAGCAAUUGUGCCGAUAAAACCUUCACGACGUACAUCUCUCGCAAGCAAGAAGCUUACGAGGACG